AUGGAAAAGAUGCCGAGCUUGUCGGUUUUGAUGACUUUGCUGAUCCUCCAACACGCUGGUUGUAUCUUUGCAAACACUGGGGAUGGGCUGAAUGGAAGAGGUGAGUAUUUUUUGUAAAAACUAAAAAUUUGAGUUCAAAAAAUUUUUUUUGGCCAAAAAAUUUCAAAAUGGAAUUGCUAAGAAUCAGCCGAUCAGAUUUCCCUCAAAUUUUACAUGCUGAUUCUGUGCUGGAGGCAUGCCAAUCGCUACAAAUUUUAGAUCUUGCUUUGCAAGGGCAGCUGAGAUAUUCAACAAAUUUUUUAGGCGAGUGAGUAUGCGAUAUGAGGAGAGCGGUUAGAGAAAAAACCUUUUUUCUCAUAUCAUAGCCAUUUUUUCAAGGAAAGAAUGAUUUUUUGUUGAAUCAUUACCCUCUGCCUUGCUUAGAAAUCCAAUUUUAAUUGGAUUUCUUCAAAAUUUUUUUUCAGGACAGUACUCUUCAAAAAUUUCGAAAUUUCCGCAAUUUUCGACUUAAAAAUUUCAAUUCCUGUCAAUUUGAAUAUCAGAACUAGUGUAUAUUUUCUUUUCCACUUGCUGAUUUUAGCCUCCUACAACCCUCCCUCAACUUAUCCAUCAAAAUUCAUCAACUACCCCUCUAAUCCUCUAAAUUACACUCAACGCCCGCUGUUCAUGAACUACUCCACAAUCCACUCAAAUACCAACUUCACUUGGCCUAAUUCGUCCCAUCCGACUCUGUACAACAUGUCUAGUCUCAACUUUUUGCCCCGUCUUUACUCGGCUAAGAGUUUCGCAUUGCCGGAUUACGGUAACUCCUCGAGUAAAAACGCCUUCAAUCAUCAUGAUAAUGACGAAAUUCUUGAGGAACACUAUACUUUUGGGACUUAUGACAUCAUCCAUCGUAUCCAUAACCACGAAUUGAAUGAGAAAUCGAGCCAUGACAGCCGGAAAACACCUUAUAUUGCACAUGACCUUAAUGAUCAAGAAGAAGGUCGGAGCCCAAAAACUGGUAGCGCUGGUCCGCCAGCAGCUCAGCCAAGUGGCUACAGUGGGCUGAACAACCUUUACAACACAAAUCUCGGAGGAUACGGUACUGAAAAUUACAGUAAUCGCGAUAAUAACGAAAAUAAUGGAGGGUAUAGCAGUGAAAUCGAUGAAACCGAUAUAAGAAGGGGUCCGUUCAGUGGGAAUAAGCGAGCAGAAAGUGGCGAAGUCCAUGACGGACAUGUCUCGGGCUAUCAGACACCCAAUUAUUUGAUGAACUACCUGAAAAAUGUCAAGAGUCCGGCGUCGGUGUGGUCGAGCGGAUGGAUCCCAAUUGAUGACGGAAAUACGAUGGAAAAGCGGACUGUUUGGUGGAAAAAGGACGAUCGUAGAGCUUGA